UGCUAUCAGCUGAAUUAAUGAUUUUUAUUUGGUUUUAAGAUGAGUAAAUUUGCAUUUUGAAUUAUAUCCCCAGGAACUCCUUUUAAGGAGGUACAGAAAAUGAAAGAUCGGGUUAUGACGGAUUCAAAUGAAAAAGAAAGAAUUGUUUCUCAGGAGGAAGUGCUUCUCUGGCAAGGUACAAGGGUCAGAGAUGGCUUAGGUUUUGAAAAGUCUGACUCGAUACCGAUGGUAUUAUUGUAAUGGAAAGGAAAGCUGCUUUGAAAGGAAAACGAGUUUUAUCAACACCAGCAAAACACCCGAACCAACAAACAGCUAAAUACACAAACAAAACUGGAAAACCGCAGACAAAACAACAAAAUCCGUCAACAGCUCCACUUAAGAAGACCAACGAAAGCAGUACAGAAUGGAAAAAGAACUGUAUGGAAAGGCUGACCGAUGAGUGCAUCGGAAGAGUUUUAAGUGAAUGCAAAGCCAAAUACAACAACAAUUCAUUACAAGAUUGUGUUCUGAAGGAGAAGUACAGCAAACAGUGUGCACCGGGUAUACAAGAGGCGAGUAGGCACACACAAUCAGCAGUCGCCGCAACACCCAAACGGGCACCAUUGGGAACAAGAGGUAAAAAUAUGGGCUCUCAUAAGGUUUGCACAGACUCAAGCCAGAGAUACCAACAACCAAAUAAUAUAAGAGUCACCCAGGAAAUGCUUGACUGUCUAACACAGGAGGAAGAAAGAGAAAUUUUGGACAUGUGUGACAGGAAUUUGGGAACACCGGCACGGCCUAACAGAGGGAAUAUGAGGGCUCCUUGUCCCGCUAAAAAUUAUUGUGAUCCAGGAAGGGACAGAGUAAACAUGAUUGAACAGAGGCUGCAUACAAUUGAGAAAAGGAUGUGUGAACGACAAGCGGGUUCACCUUCAUCAUCGUGUCCUUGCAUAGAUUCAUGCCCUGCCAAUCAAAAUCCUCAAAAUUCUCUCCUUAUGAGAGCUGUCGGUGACGCAGCUAAUGUGAAAUGUAAAAUUGCUCUGAUUGAACAACAGCUGUCAGACCUCGGCUGUCAGAUGAAUAAAUCGGUAAUGAAUCGAUGUCUCUAUCAAGAAAAGAUUGGCAAACUAGAAGAGGAGAUCAUCACAACAAAAAAGGCUUAUCUCACUGUCCUUCAAACAGAGUUGGGCAACUUGAAGAGAGACAUAGAGGCACAUGAGGCAUGCUCGGGCUCUGGCUCUGGCACAGAAAAAAAGCCUACGACCGCCACGAAAAAGACCAAGGGGAAGAAAAAAGGCUCAAAGCCAGGUAGUAAGAAAAAGAGCAGAGGUAAAAGUGGGAAACGUUCGGCAGCCGGCAAAAAGACAACUCCAAAGAAAUAGGUCAACCGAAAAUAUUGGAUCCACUUUCAAAUAAAAUUCUUAAAUGUAUAUUGUUAUGAUCAAA